AAAAUCUUCGCAAAUUCUCGCGAGAGCAUCAUUUAUUGACAAUAUGGAGGACAACGCGGGAGAUAAAACCUCAGAGCCGGAAAAAAACGAAAAUUCAUAUCAACAGAGAAUGGAUAGUGAUAUGGAUACCACCAACAGUGAUGCUCCUGUUCAAACAAAUUCAGCUAACACAGAUUCUCAAGACAUGGUAGAUCAAGGUAUUACACAAAUUCCAGGAGCUGCAACAAAAUUGGAUUCCGGAGAAACUCCCACUGAUGCUUUAUCUCUGUGCUAUUGUGGGAAAGGAAGGAAUCUGGGUGCAGUGGAGUUACAGUGUGGAUUUUGUUACAAAUGGUUUCAUUCUGAUUGUAUUGGCUGCUAUAUUGGGACAUGUAUACCUUUCAUGACAAAUUACCAGUUUUCCUGCAAGCAGUGCAGUCCAAAUGGUCUGGAAUAUUUCAACAGAAAGCAAGCUAGUUUUACACAGAUUUGUUACACCACUAUAGCCAACUUAACCAACCAGGCCAGAAAUCGUGGGGAGGAAAAGAUGCUGUUCUCAAAAGAAAAGGAAAUUAUACCAUACAUUGAAAAGCAGUGGGAAAACUUAACAACCAUGGCAAGGAGAAUAAAGACAACGUGGCACACAACUGUCACAAAAACCCUGACAAAAGAAGUAGAACUUUUUUCUUCAUCUGAAGAGACAAUAGCAGACCCAAUGUAUGGCCUGGUCAUGGCGGAUUUGUUCAAAGUUGGUCCUGGCUAUGAAUUAUUAAAGCAAGGCAGUGUGCUACAGACAGGCCAGAAGACGGGGUCUCUUGUAGACAGUAAAGGAAGGGGAACAAAGAGGAAAGCUCCUGAUAGUAUACAGCCGGUCGGAUCACGACUUAAGAGAAGUGAUGUAAACACCAUGGCCAAACUGGCCCCCCAUGGCUACCCUCUAGAGCACCCCUUUAACAAGGAUGGGUACCGCUACAUCCUGGCUGAGUCUGAUCCCCACGCUCCAAACAGACAAGCUUUCGAUGAAAGUCUAGACUGGGCAGGAAAACCUAUCCCGGGAUACCUGUACAGGACCUUCCUCGGAGCAGAGGUUCUCAUCGCACUCAAUGACAGAGCUCCUCAGUUGAAAGUGUCAGAAGACAGGCUGUCAGUGACGGGAGAUAAGGGCUACAGUCUUAUCAGGGCAACACAUGGAGUGAGGCGUGGUGCAUGGUACUACGAGGUCCUGAUCGAGGAGAUGCCUGCUGAUACAGCUUCAAGGAUCGGCUGGUCACAAGAACUAGGUAAUCUACAGGCACCAGUUGGCUAUGAUAAGUUCAGCUACUCUUGGCGUUCAAGCAAGGGAACCAAGUUCCACCAGAGUCGAGGUAAACACUACAGCAGCUCUGGGUAUGUGGAGGGCGACGUUAUAGGGUUCUUUAUACACAUGCCCGAGCCAGAGGAUGCCAGGAAAACCUUACCUCAGACGUACAAAGACAGGCCAUUGGUGAAGUUUAAAAGUCAUCUGUACUAUGAGGAAAAAGAUUAUGUAACGGAAACAGAGAAGAAUCUAAAACCUAUUAGGGGAAGUCAGAUGAUUAUGUACAAGAAUGGCGUCUCACAGGGGAUAGCCUUCGAGGAUGUAUAUGAGGGCUGGUACUAUCCCUGUAUAUCCCUGUAUAAAAAUACUAAGGUGACUGUUAACUUUGGACCAGAUUUUAAGUAUGCUCCACAGGGUCUGAAGGGUUUUAGGCCUAUGUCGGAUGCAGCGUCCCAGACCAUGAUCGAGUAUGCUCUCGCUGAUAUUUUGUACCAUGUGGAAAAUGAAGGCAAGCUGCCAGAGUUUUGAUUGAACAUUGCAAAAAGAUUGAACAUCAAAGAUUUUAUGAACAAAAGUGUGAAAAAUAGGUAAUACAACAGAUGUGUCAGGCCACACUGAACCGAGAAUGGAACAAAGGACUGGGCUUAAAGUAUAUAACAGAUUGGUCAAGCUGCACAGACUGAACAGAAGGACAAAGAUGAUUAUUAACUAAUCAAUUCAAACAGUUUACAUUGUUGUCCUCUUUAUACCACAUUCAGUUAUGAAAUCUCUUAUCAUUUGGUCAGUGAGUUGUCAUAUUCUUAAAGUUUUCACUUUAACAGUAAGUAGACAGUUCAGAAUACCAAAUGAUAUUGUUUAAGAAAGAUGAGUACUCUUUGUGGAAUUCAAAAUGUUUAUCUGGAAAGUUUAGAAGGAAACAAAAAACAGUCAUUACGUAUAAUUUGUGACACACCAUGAAAGUUAUAGGAGACACCAGACCAGCAGUAUGUGUCAGCCAAGUUUAAUGUUGUUCAAGCCUGGUACUACAUGUAGAUGUAUUAUGAAAUUCUAUUAUUUGAUGACAACGGUAUGAAAUGAAAUGACAGAGUGUGCUUCCAUGAUAGACCAUUAGAAGCCAAAGUCGGCUAAAAUCUUUCAAAAAUGUAUCCAUCAAGAUGAAUAGUAAAUAUAUUGAUACAAAUUACUAUAAAAAAUAAAUUGGAAUGUGCAAUACUCAUCAUCAGCCUAGUUCUUAGUAUCAGACCAGUCACCUUCUAGGUGAGGGGAGAUAACUGCAUCGCCCAGAAACGUUGUGUGACAAUGUUCAUGAGUUUAUUGUUGCAGUAUUUAUAUACUCAGUCUCAUUCUGUUAAGUCUUCAAACCUUUAUGUUCAUUAUCGGUAAAUCAAAUUUACAAUAUAUUUCUCAAGUUUUCCAUGGUUCUGUUGGUGUUACAUAUAAUAUGUUCAUUUUAAACAUAGAUAAAACUGCUGGAGACUUUUUCAGUAUUUUUUCCUCAGAAGAUAUAUUCCUGGAGAGAGACUUACAUUUAUUGUAUGUGUGCUGUACACAAAUGGAAUACAUGUAGGUCCUUCUCUGUCAAAUAUGUGCUGUAGUAUACUGGUAAUUCUUCACUCAUAUCGUUUCAUAAAAUCAUGUAUGUGAAUACUUAAAAAAGUAUUUGGCAAAAACAGCUUAGUCCCCACCACACUUCCUAAGGAGACUAUGAUUUUACCCUCAGUUUGUUAGUCUGUUAAUUUGUCUGGGGCAUACCUGAUAUACUCUGUUACCUACAUAUGACAAUUUUUUUUAAUGCAAAUACCUCUUAGUGGAGUGUCACAGAUAUCCGGUCGUUUGUUAACUACAUACCAAGCUAUAUAGCCUUUUGUUCAUCAAUCCUCAUUUUUGCCUUGGGCAUAUCUCUGACUGUAGCCUACAAUUGCCAAACUUUUUAUGUGAGUACCUGUAGGGAUAGAGAAGUGUCACAAACUGAAGGUCAGUCUCAUGACCUGUUCUAUACAGAGUUAUGGCCCUUUUUUCUGUCGUUUUGACUGGGGCAUAUAUACACUGUCACCUUCAAUGGUACCAAAUUUUGUUUGUGACUAGCUCUUCAGAUGGUGGUUAGAAUACUGCAAUUGGAUUUCUUACUUCACUAUACACAGAGUUAUUUCAUUCACCAUCUGUCAUUUCAUCCAGGGCAUUUCAUAUAAUUGUACCCUACUAUUGCCGUAGUUUGUAUGAGAGCACCUAUUGUACUGACAAAGUGUCACAUGUUGAAAUGGUAUCUCAUGAGUCAUUAACCCUUUGUUCAUCCCGAGUCACUUUGUCCAGGACAUCUUUCAUAUACUCUUGUUGCCAUCGAUUGCCAAACUUUUAUGCGAGGACCUCUUUGGGUGGCAGUGCUUUGCAUGUAAAAAAAAUUGUCCUUUGCCCCGCUAGGUACAAGGUGGUUUUUUGCCAACGUAUGCUCAGCAGUUGAUGACUGGUUUGCUUGAAUACAUUGCCCUGUUUUCAAUCCAUAUUAACAGACUUAUAUUCCUUGUUCAAAUGUGUCGACAUAACAGGAAAUGUAGUGAUGAUUUCAAAACCUCACUUCUCAGUAGACAAUACCACUGUGCAGACGUUAGUACAGAUCUUGUUUUAUAUGACUGGUGUGUAAGGUGCAACAGGAAUGAGUGUUUUCUACCUUGUAUGUAGUAUGUUUUAUCUAAAGCAUGGAAUUUGUAGUGAUACCAUACAAAUAACAAUCGUAAGAUAUGUCUUUAACAUUAAUCAAUAAAUACAUAAAAGCAAUGUC